UAGACCUUAACAAUCAAAAAAAAAAAAAAAAUAUAUGUCGAAUUGUCGACUUAACUGUUCUCAAUUUCCCAAUCGAAAUAAAAAAAAAGAAAAACUGGUGAUACAUUUGUAUGACACUAUGUACAAUGUCAUAAUAAAUAUGUUGAAGAAAAAAAACAAAUAAAUAGAUUAUGAAUUAAUAAUUAAUUUAAGCUUAAUUUUUUCAUCAGCAUUAAUUAACAAUGGAUGAUUUAAAAUUUAAAUUUCUUGGACUUAUAAAUAAACAGAACCAAUCAAAGGUACCAUCAAUGGGUCUUAAUCCAGAAUUAUUAAAUCCAAUUGAAUCUCUACAUCAUGAAAAAAAAAUAAUACAAGCUGGUAAUUCAAGUGAUAAUGAAUCUGAUCAAGAUAUUUUAGAAUCAAUUGAGUCAGACUAUUAUAAGCCUGAUGAAUCAUUUGAUUCAUGUCGUCAUGAAUUAAGAAAACUUUCAUCAACAUUAAGCUGCAAUGAUAUUGAAAUAAUACAUAAAAAACUUGAACGACAGCAACAAGUUGUAUCAAGUAAAGUUUUACAACUUAUAUUACAAAAACAAAAUUUAUGUAAUGAAGAAUUUAAAAAAAUUAUUAAAAUACAAGAACAAUUGACAAUUGUUGUUAAUAUAUGUAAAAUGAGUAGAUCUGAUUUAGCACUUGCUAAAAAACAAUUUACAACAGCAAGUCUUGGAAUACUUGCUAAUUAUAAAAAACGUCAAAUACUUCAAGAAUUAUUAUACAGUUUAAAUACAAUUAAAACACUUCAAAGAACAGAUGAUAGACUUCAAGAAUUAUUAAAAGAAGAAAAUUUUCCUGGUGCAAUAUCAUUAUUACUUGAAUGUCAAAGUGCAGCACAAACAUAUAAACAUUUUAAUUGUGUUGCAAUAUUAGCUAGUAAAUUACAAGAUACACUUGAUCAAACAGAAGAAACUCUUGACAAUACAAUAUGUCGUCUUUGUACUGAUUUUGAUGAUAAAACAUAUACAUCUGUACAAGAAGCAUAUAAACUUUUACGUAAAAGUCAAACAGCAAUUGAUCAACUUCAUAUGCAUUUUACAGCUGCAAUACAUAAUUCAGCUUUUAAUAUUGUUUAUUCACGUACUGGUGGUGAUAUUAAACGUCAAUACAGCCAAUUAUGUCAAUCAGUACCACAUGAAUAUAUUAUAAAUUGUUUGAUUGAUCUUAGUAAAGGUCUUUGGAAAAUAUUACGUUCUUAUAAUCAAGUAUUAAAUUGGCAUAGUAAUCAUGCUGUAUCACAACAACAAGUUGAUAAUGAACCUGAAGAUACAUUUAAUAAUCAUUAUAUAACACAAAAAUUAAAAAAUGGCAUGUCAAAAAUUUGGCAUGAUGUUGAAAUUAAAAUAUCAACAUUUUUAAAUAUAAUUAACAUUGAAAAAUAUCGUUUUGAAGAAUUUUUAAAAAUUUUAUCAAUUAUUAAUCGUUUAAUUGACAUUGGUAAUGAAUUAUGUAAUAUUAAAUCAUUAAAUUUAUAUAAUUUUAUGAAAAAACAAUCGUCAAUUUAUUUUUCACAUUAUCAUAAUUUAAGACUUGAAGAGUUGGUUAUAUUUUUUGAACAUGAAGGCUGGGAAUUAUGUCCAGUUAAAAAAAAUUUUACAUCAAUUAAUUUACAGGAAUUUAAAAGUUUAAAUGCAUUAAUUAUAAAUUCACAAAAUUUAAUAAUUAAUAAUGAUAUUAAUGAAGAUGUAAUAGUAUUAUCAGGAUGGCUUGAAAAAUAUUUAAAUACUGAUUUAUGUCCAUUUGAUAUAACACUUGAUGAAACAAUGGAUGAAAGUAUAUUAGAAAAAUCAUAUGAUGAUGGUUCUGGCGAUUUUACGGAUGAUUCAGAUGAUGAUAAUUCAAUUAAUGAAAAAUUAAUUAAAAAAAAAAAAUAUUAUACUGGUCCAAUAAUGACAAAUACAUCAUUAAGUAUAUUAAGAGUAUGUGGUAAAUAUUUACAAAUGUCAAAAUUAUUAAAAACAAUAUCAUCAACAGUUAUUUAUAGUAUAAUACAGUUUUUUGAAUUUUAUUUUUAUUCAGUACAUAAAUUAUUUACAUCUGAUUUACAAAUAUCAGCUGAAUCACUAUAUACACCAAAAUUAAAAUUAACACUUGCUAGAAUAAAAGAUAAUUUAUUUUUUAAUAAUCAUACAGAACAUAAACAAGGAAAAAUACGUCAACCAAUUAUAAAUAAUACAAAUUAUUUUGAUAAUAAUGAUAAAUUAUAUGGUCUUGCUGAAAGAAUAAUUGGUGUUGAAUCAAUUAUUGAACUUGGUCAACAAUAUAAUAAUCUUGAAAAUUAUUUAAAAAAUUUAAUUCAUCAAACAGAUAAUAAUGCUGAUGAAGAGCUGUUAAAUCAAUUUUACAGUCAAACAAUAUCAUCUGCUGUUGAUUUGAGAAAACCAGUGUAUAUGGCUGUUAUUGAAAAAUGUAUUGAUAUAUCAAAAAUAAUUGGACUUAUGGGAAAAGUUAAUUGGGAAGUUAAAGAUGUUAUGUCACAACAUAGUGAAUAUGUUGAUGAAAUUCUAAAAGACAUUCAAGAUAUACAAAUUAAAUUUAAUAAUGUUGGAUCUAUGAAAAUUGAUGAUAAAGUAAGAUGGGCAUUGUGGGAAAAUGUUGCUCAUUUAAUUAAUCACACAUUGGUGGAAGGAUAUUCAAAUGCAAAAAAAUGUUCUAAUGGCGGUCGAGGCUUGAUGCAACUUGAUUUUACACAAUUAAAAACAAAAUUUGAAAUGACAACGUCAGUUAGACCAAUGCCACACAGUGAAUAUGUCGAAAUGUACAUCAAAGCAUACUACAUAUCUCAAUCAUCAUUUGAAGAAUGGCUUGAAAAACACAAAGAAUAUUCAGUCAAACAUUUGAGUGGACUAAUUUCUUGUAUAUUUCAAAGUAAUAAAAAAAAUCGACAACGGUUAAUCUCUCUUGUGGAAGAACAACGAUCAAAUAGGUAAUAUUAAAAUGGAAAUUUUUUAAAAAAUAACAUCAAGAUGAUAUAUAUAUUUAUAUUUAAAUUUUAAUUUUCCGAUAUUAAAAGAAAUUUAUAUUUACGCACAAAAUUUAAUACCAGUGUAAUAAUUAACAUUUUAAAGAAUUAUUUAAUUAUUUUUUUUAAAGAAUCUCAUAAAUUUUUAAUCUCAUAAAAAUAAAAAUGUAACUAGUUAAUGAAAUUUAUAUGUUUUAAUAAAAAAAAAAUAUUUUUUAGUACACAUCUCAGUUUUAUAGACAUGAUUUAUGUAAUUAAUUUUAUUUUAAUGUAAAAAUAUUAUAAUUGUUUAUUUUUUUCAAGUGUAUUCGACAAAAAAAAAAAAGCAGAAAUAUAUCUAUAUAUAUUUG